CUGUUUGCGGUGCAAUUUUUUUACGAGUAUCCCUCUCAGAUUGACCUAUCAAACGUCGCAGAAAGGUCGUGUCCGGUAGUUGCUGGUCGUUACGGAUUGAUUGUUGUGUACCCGUCCCUGGACUAGUGCGGUUCGAAUCGGUUGGUGGGGUGGAAACGAAGAGGAAGUCCCAGCUGUGCGCCUGGACAAGGAAGUCAACAGCUGCUCCGGUUGCAAUAGAACCGAAAGAAGUCUUAUCAAAUCGCAAACCAACCGGCGCAAAGAGCUCCAUUUGAAGGUCGCUGUUGUCCAAGUAGGGGUGAAAAAGACGAGCUAAUAUGUUGCGAACCAUCGCCGUACGGAAUGAGAAGCUGCUACUGCAGGGAUCACGGCAGGUUUUCCGUGGAACUGCCUGCAGAGCACUUAGCUGCGAAUCGAUCCGUAAGAGCAACCUUUUGAAAAAUUCUCAGCAAUGGAGCUUGACCAAGGGCCAAAGGAUCGUCUCCGUAUGCCAGAUAAACCUUGUCCGAGGAUACUGCAGUAACUAUCCAGCUCAUUCGAAAGUUUUACUGCCAGCCCUGUCUCCCACUAUGGAACUGGGUACGAUCGUCAGCUGGGAAAAGAAGGAAGGCGACAAGCUCAAUGAAGGUGACCUGCUGGCUGAAAUUGAAACCGACAAAGCUACCAUGGGAUUUGAAACUCCCGAAGAGGGUUACUUGGCCAAGAUCAUAGUUCCCGCUGGACAAAAAGACGUACCCAUCGGAAAGUUGGUGUGUAUCAUCGUUGAGAACGAAGCUGACGUGGCUGCGUUUAAAGAUUUCAAGGACACCGGAGCACCGGCUGCAGCCCCGGCGGCUGCUGCACCUCCCCCACCGCCACCAGCUGCAGCUGCUCCACCAGUAGCAACACCACCACCAGUUGCCGUGGUACAUCCACCACCUCCACCUCCAGCAGCUAGUGGACCGAUGACAGCAGUAGACCAACGGGGACCUCGAGUUUAUGCUAGUCCAAUGGCGAAAAAACUUGCCGAACAACAGAAGUUACGCCUAGAAGGUAUGCAGCCAGGCGGAGCUCCGGAAGCGCAUGCUCCAGCGGUGGCACAUAGCAUUCCAGCCGGUGCAGCCUUCGUAGAUAUUCCGGUGUCCAAUAUUCGAGGAGUUAUUGCCAAACGGCUACUCGAGUCGAAAACGACCAUCCCACAUUACUAUCUCACGGUGGAUGUCAACAUGGACCAGAUCAAUAAGGUGCGCGCAAAGUUCAACAAACAGCUGGAGAAGGAAGGUGUCAAGCUAUCGAUCAACGAUUUCAUCAUCAAGGCCGCUGCCAUGGCCUGCAAGAAGGUCCCAGAAGCAAACUCCGCGUGGAUGGACUCCGUCAUCAGGCAAUUCGAUGCCGUGGACGUUUCGGUUGCCGUCUCCACCGAUCGUGGACUUAUCACACCGAUCGUGUUCGGUGCCGAUCGGAAGGGUCUGACCGAUAUCUCGAAGGACGUUAAGAAUCUGGCUGCCAAAGCCCGGGAGGGCAAACUACAACCGCAGGAAUUCCAAGGAGGCACUUUUAGCGUUUCGAACCUUGGAAUGUUCGGUGUGACGCACUUCAGCGCCAUUAUCAAUCCACCACAGAGCUGUAUUUUGGCCAUCGGUGGUACCCAGAAGCGUAUCGUACCUGAUAAAGAUUCAGAGCAAGGCUGGAAGCAAAGUGAUUACGUAGCCGUAACGCUCAGCUGUGACCACCGCACGGUAGAUGGUGCCGUUGGUGCCCGUUGGUUACAAUACUUCCGCCAGUUUUUGGAAGAUCCCAAUUCGAUGCUGUUAUAAAACAUCUCACGGGACGGUAAGUGGUUUCCCAAUACUUGUUCCAGACCACAGAAAAUGUUUGCAGAGACUAUCUUUUCUCGAUUUCAAAUAGUUACCAUGCCUUAUUUGUAACAAAGAUCUACCGUUAAAUCAUCUAGCUCAUUACUUCCGCAAAAUCUACUAUCCAAUACGCGAACGAUGCUAAACAUAGUGUAGUCAUCCCAUGGAACACUGACACCGAAUAAUUCUCCCAAGCAACUUUCGUCCGUAUAGACUAGAGUAGAGCUACAUAACAUGGGCUGGGAACCGUGGCCACAAAACGUGCAGUCUGUCAUCAUAAAUAUUUUACAGUAAAUGCACUAAACAUUACGAACAUCACGUACAAAACUGCAUAUAAUUAGUGUGUAAAAACAAACGCAUGAAAAGAGGCCAGGUAAUCAUAAUCCAUUGAUCGAAACCACAAGAGAAAUAUACAAAACAUUGAAAACAAUAGCCGACUAUAAAAAAAAACUAGUUUUCCAUUUUUAUUUUUUAUUGUUCUUGGAAAUAAAAGAAAAGAUGAAGCCAGUGAAUUCAUUAAUGCUCUUAUUGGUCUGAUAUUUCAACAGUUCAUUCAAAAAUGUUCAGAUUAUUUGUAGGUGUUUCACUUCAGUGCAAUUGAACAAAAUUCAUUUAACGAAUUGUGCGUCUUCAAAAACUAACUUAUUUCUCUUUCAUCGGUAAGAUUCCUCGAAUGAGCCAUUUGAACCAUUUGAUGCGACACGAAAAAAUAAAAAAGAUACUGAAAAUAUUA